ACAACAACAAAAACAACAACAACAAGCGACCUAAACGUUAUCACGUUAUCAUCGCGACGGCGGCUACGGUUUGAUCGCGCGGCCCGAGUGUUCGUGCGUCGGCGCGCGACCGUGCCCGUGCGCGCGCAUUUUCGUGCUCCCGUGCGUGCGCGUGCGUGCGCACUCGUAACUUCGCAGUACUGCUCGCAUUCGACCGCUCCGUGUCUGUCCUAGGACUAAUAUAACGAUCUCGCACCAAAACGACUACCGACCGCCGUCGCUCACUUCGCUCCUCACGUCGUACCGCUGACGCCAUCGUGCGCAACCGCGAGCCCGUCCACGGAUCAGCCCACCAUGGCGUCUUACUCGGUCCGUCGCCAUUGAGCCGCUCACGUAUACGUGUUUUUUUCAGCCGUCCGCCCGGAACGCGAUUGACAUCGCCGCCGCAGCCGCUCCGUGUCCGAAGACGCGUUGAACCUUUGCACCGUUCGUCGCCACCAUGGAUGACGACCAAGAAGUUGUGACUAAAACUGAUAAAUCACAAUCUGCAAAUGAUAAUGUUGUUGAAGUAGAUAGUUGUGAACUUCCACCUGUUGAUGAGAAUAAUAAAGAUAAGGACUAUGAGCAAGUAGAUGAAGUUGAUGAUGAAACUACAAUGGAAGAAGAAGAAGCACUUCCAGAAUUAGAGGAUCCUCUAAGGGAAAUACGAUUUCUCGAAGAAGAGAGUAACAUGCCUAUUCAUGAACUUAUGGUUAUGUACGGAUAUUCAAAAAAUACUAAUGCAGAAACAAGUACUAAAAAAAAAAGGAAGAAGAAAAAAAAGAGGAAUUUAUCACAGAAAAACAAGGAUCAAAAAAGAAAGAAAAAUCUUUCUUCUUCAUCUGAUGACGUAACAGAGAAAAGAGCUAAAUCAAAUCACAGGCAAAAAUUAGUUGAUAAUUCUGUAGAUGGAAGUACAGAUAUAGGUGAUUCAUCUUCUAAUAAAGUGUCUGGAGAAACCUCAAAAGAAAAUGGAAGAACAAAUCGUGUUGGAGAUACUGAUGAUGCAUCUAAGCUAUUAGAGUUAUAUAUGGCUGAACUUGACCAAGUACAAAGUGAAGAUGAAGAUGAAGACUAUAGACCUCAUUGGGAACUUCAUUGGAAAAGUGUUAAUGUUGGAUUGAAUUUUCAAGCAUUAGUAACGGAUGGGUUAUCAACAUAUGGUGAUGUAUUACCUUAUGAAAACAAUGAUGAACUGUUAUGGGAUCCAAAUGUAUUGAAUGAAGAUUUAAUUGAAGAUUAUUUGACGAAAAUUCAGCAGAUUACCAAGGCUUUGAAACCUAAAACUAAUAAAACUGUUGGUGUUCGUGAUAAUGAAAAGGCACUUUACUUGUUGGUUCAAUGUGGUCAUGAUGUUGCUGAAGCUCUUAGAAGGAUGUCAUUAAAUGUUAUACCAUUGGAGAAGUCAUUAAGUGUAUGGUCAGAAGAUGAAACUCUGAAAUUCGAAAUGGGUUUACUGGUAAAUGGGAAAAAUUUCCAUGCUAUACAAAAAGAGGUUAAAACUAGAUCAGUAGCAGAGCUGGUUCAUUUUUAUUAUUUUUGGAAAAAAAGUGAGAGAUAUGAUCAAUAUGAAAGGAAGAAAUUUUCAAUGCAUCCGGAAGUAAAGCAAUGGCAACAUUGGGAUUCGGAAGAAGAUCAAGACAGUGAUUUUGAUAAUGUUUUUCAAGAAAAUAGCCAAGAAGAUAGUGAAGAUAGCUUGAAUGCUGCAGAAAAUAAAGAGCAAAUGAAGUGUUUGAUAUAUGCUGAUCGGAAAAGACAAAUUGAGAAUUUAUAAAUCAUC